UCUGAAUAUCGGAAAUGAGUAAAGUUUAACAAUGGAAACAAUUGAGAUGCUUAAAACAUUUUUCGGCUGCUUUUAUCAUAUUUUUUUAAAUUGAAUUUUGGAAAGAUGCAAGUUCAACCACCUAAAAAUAAUAACAUAAGCGGAUCUAAUUUCUUACAAUUGCCACAACUUCAAUUAAGUAAGUUAGGAUAUCCUCAAGUUCAAGCAUUGAUUGAAUAUACGAAAGCUAAUAUAAAACCUUGGAGAUUAUUUCUAAAUACUAAUUAUGUCCGACCACCUCAAAGCGUGUCAAUAUUAAGUAAAAGAAUAGUGAAGAACAUUGAAUACUUCCAGAGCAACUAUCUCUUUGUAUUCAUUGGAUUAUUUAUAUAUUGUUUGAUUACAUCGGGUCUAUUACUCCUUCUUAUUAUAAUCCUUUUUGGAAUUUGUUAUAUGGUAACUAAAUGGCAUACUAAUAAAAGAUUAUUGAUUCUUGGUCAUAGAUUAACUUUAGCUCAAUUAUAUGCAUUAAUUGGGAUUUGUUCAUUACCUUUCUUUUAUUUGGUUGGUGCUGGACAAUAUUUGUUUUGGGUACUUGGCGCAUCCUUGUUUCUAAUAACACUUCAUGCAACUUUUUAUAAUAUUGACUCUGUUUUAUGUCCGGGACAAGAAGAACUUGAUACAUUAGUAGUUGAAGAAGUGUAAAGUUAUUUUAAAUAUGAAAACAAUUACAAUUAUAAAAAAAAGAAACUAAAACGUUUUUUUAUGAAAGUAAUAAUUUACACAUUUUAUUCACGUAUAAAAAUAAAAAAAUAUGAACCAGAAAAUGGAAUAUAUUUAUAUUUAAGAACUAUAUUGAAAGAGAAUUGCGUUUCUCUUAUUUUGUAUAUUGUCAUGAUUCUUUACUUUUGAUAAAAUGUCUCUUCUGUAUCUACUGUUUUCCAUUGCAAUUUUAAAUUUGCAUGAUCGCGACAAAUUUUAUGGAAAUCAUACAUUAUAAAAAUAAAUAAAAAAGAUACUGUAAUUUA